GACAUCCACACAUAGGCACACACCCUCAUACACAAGAGACAUGUCUAGGCUUGAUGUGACAGAGACUUUUCAUGGCAUCUCCUUGCCAGGCCACCUCCAUACUCAAGACUCACUGAACUAUGCCACCCAGUUCCAGUUCAAGGACUCAGACACGCUGAUUGUCUCCUACCCCAAAUCAGGUACCACAUGGAUGCAAGAGAUGGUGACUUUAAUUUUCAGUCAUGGAGACCCCACUCCCUCCCAGACCCUGCCGAACUGGGCACGCGCCCCAUGGCUGGAGCAGUAUUACUGCCCGCACGUCCUGAGUUCCUCCCAGGGACCCCGGAUCCUCACCACUCACCUGCCCUACCACACACUGGCUCCAGCCCUCAGAGGAUCCAAAGCAAAAGUGAUAUACAUCGCAAGAAACCCCAGAGAUGUUGCUGUGUCGUAUUACCACUUCCAUAACAUGGCCAAAUUCCUCCCUGAGCCAGGGUCAUUUGAGGAGUUUCUCAGCAACUUUUUAAAUGGAAAAGUGCACUAUGGAUCUUGGUUUGAUCAUGUGAAAGGCUGGACCGAUCCAAAGAAAAACAUUGAAAACUUUUUCUUCAUUACAUAUGAAGAGAUGUGCAAGGACCUGCAGGGCUCGUUACAGAGGGUCAGCGGCUUCUUGCAGUGCACCCUGCUGGAAGAAGAGAUCAACUGCGCCCAAAAGCAGUGCAGCUUCAACAGCAUGAGGGACAACACCAUGGUCAACUACACGCUCGUCUCUCAGGAGAUCAUGGACCACAGCUGCGGGAAGUUCAUGAGGAAAGGGAAGACUGGAGACUGGAAGAACACACUUUAUGAGCAUCAGAGUCAUGUCUUUGAUGCUGUGUAUGAGGCACACAUGCAGGACUCUCAUCUGAGGUCGACAUGGACAAAUACAGAUGUGUAGAUGACAGGCAUGUGUCCAGCUCUCACAUACCCCUCCAUCCUCCCUGAAGGCUAAGACAUCUCCCGUCCCCAGAUUUCAAGGUGCUGUCCUUGAAGGUUCUGACUAAGACUCUUACGUAAUGCUAUUUGAAGUGUGAAGGUCACUUUAACAUUGUUGUUGUGUAUCAGUAUCAUAUUCAAUGUAUGUUAAAGUGAAAUAUAACAUAUUGAGCAAACUUCCCAUGGAGACCUGCUGUUGAUGGUUCUGUUUGUGAAUUAAGUAAUUAGGGCACCAUAUCUAAAUGAAUGCAGGAGUCUUGAAUCUUUAAAUAAUAAACACCUCCAGGCUUGUCUGAACAAGCGCUCCAGUUAAAUCAUUCACCAGACUGGGGUUCUGGAACAUGGUGCGCUGCCCGCUAGGUAGCGGUUUGCCUCUCAGUAAAAAAGUAAGAGAGAGAGAGAAAAGCUGUUUUUUUAUUUCUUUACUAAGGUCUUGAAUAAAUAAAAUCUUUAUUGACCUUAAGUCUUUCACAGAGACCGUAUUGGGCCCCUCAAUCCAGCCCUUGAAUAGAUUUUUAGUACUGCUCCUGCUUUCAGUAAUGAUAGUCUUGACUGAUAUUUUGCCAAUAUUUGGUUUGUUUGUUUAUUUUGCCUUGGUUCGAUCUUAAUGAUUUUAUGUUUUAUGAUUGUAUUUAUUAUUUUUCUUUGCCUGUUUUCAUGUGAUGCUUUAAUAAUAAACUCAGUGAAUACCUGAUUGAAAAAAAACAAAAAACGUAUUUGGCAUUU